GACAUCAAUGGAUAUUAUCAAGGGCAGUUUAGAUGGAAUUUCAAAACCAGCCUCAAGUUCAAGGACACGUCUUGGGAGUCGAGGUUCAACUGCAUCUUUGGAGGUGCUCUCCCCGGAACCUGGGUCCUUCAAGGUUGAUACUACAAUCAAGAUGAGCUCUAGUAAAGAAGGCCACUCGGAAAUCAGUAAUGCAGAAGACUGUAGAAACAGAAAUGAUGACAAAGAGGAAAACUAUUAUGAGAAAACAAAAUUGGUUGAAGAGGGGUCAGAUGAAAAUCCGAACAUGGUUCAACAUCAGACAGUCCCUGAAUGUUCAGAUACAACUGAACUCAUAGAUUCUCAACUUCAAGAUGCUAUUCAGAAGAUGAAGAGGCUUGAUAAGAUAUUGGUGAAAAGACAAAAUAGAGAAAAAGAAAUUAAGAAGCAAGGUCUAGAAUUGAGACUGAAACUGUGGGAAGAACUUAAGUCUGCAAAAAUAAGUGAAGCUUUGCAAAGUAAUGAGGAGACAGAAAAUACAAAAAAGUUUCUGGCUUUAACUACCACAUCAGAAGAAAUUGUUGAUCCUUCUCGCUGUGAGCAUGAAGACACAUUUUUCUCAUUGUUUCACACUCAAGUCCCUCCUGAAGACUAUGAAAAAUGUAUACAGCAUGUCAAUCAAGAUUUUACCUAUGAUGUGGAAAGAAAUGAGACAUUGAUCAAAGCAGAAAAACAUUUCUCAAAUACAGAAAAGAUUGAGCUCAGGGAUAAACACAGCCAGGAUUUUAUUAAGCGAAACAUUGAGUUGGCAAAGGAUUCAGGAAAACCAGUGGUUAUGAGUGACAGAGAGAAGAAAAGGCUGAUUGAACUUUUGAAGGACCUAGAUGAUCAAGAUUCAGGGCUGUCCAGUUCUGAGGGUGAUCAGUCUGUCUGGCUGGACCCAGGAGGAGGAUAUACACUUGCAGUCACCCAGCAUCAGCAGCUUGCUGAUAUCGAUACUAAACUCGAAGAACUCUCUGCUGUCUCUCCAGCAAUUCCCAACUUUUCUCCAAGAUUUGAAAAUUGGAAUGAUCAGCUCCCUGACCUUAAUGGUGAUAACAGAAAUAUGGAAGUAACUCCAGGAGAUAAGGUACUUAGAAAUACCAAAGAACAACGAGAUGAGCAAAAUCGACUGAGAGAGAUAGAUGAACAACUGAGAAAGAUGAAGAAAAAUGUGUUAGAUCCAACAUCACUUCUCUCUGAGGAACAGUUAAGGUAUCUCCUGGAUGCAUGCACAUUGAAACAAAAAUCCAUGAUUAAACUUCCCUCAGAUAGGGAAAAGAAAGACAUUGAAGACAUGGCCUCCGCAUUCCCCCACCUUUCCAGAUCCGUCGUCUCUGAGUUACUACAUGAGUCAGAAACAGAGGUCAAAGGCACUGAGGUAGAAGAUGUAAAUAUACCUGGGAAUACAGAAUAUAAAACAUCUAGAGGCUAUUAUCUCAGCAAAGCCUUGAGUGGGCAUUACAUGUCACAAACUUUUGUCAUGGAAGCAAAGGAUAUGCAGAUUUCCAAAGACGAGGUUAUUGGUGACACAGAAGACUAUUUUAUGUCAAAGACUCUUGGCAUUGGGCGACUGAGAAGGCCUUCUUUCUUGGAUGAUCCGCUGUAUGACAUCAAUGUAAGCCUCCCAUCUGAAGACCAACAUCUGAAAGUCAGCCCUCCAGAGAAACCAGAAACAGAUGAACAAGAUCCUGAAGAUGUGUUAGAAGAAUGUCAAGAAUCUUAAGCAAAUAUGUACUGGGGUAUGCCUUUGAGAAAGUUGGAAAAUGAAGUUAAAUUACGUUUUUCGAGAAUUCUUUGAAUUCAGAGUUCAAUAGUAGAGAUCAUUCCUCAAAUAAUGUUUUUAAUCUUUCUGGAUUACAUUUUCUUGAUAUUUUUGAAGUUUGUGAUACAGUUGUUGAAAGGCUUUUCUUCACUGAAAUAGGAAUAUUGCUUUUAUUUUCUUUAUUGUGCAUCAUCAGGGAUACCUUAUAAAAACCAACAUUUUAUGUAUGUGUGUUAUGGUAAAAUCAGUUGAAGUACUGUGAUUGCUUUGUAUUUGAUAUUAUAUGUUACAGCUUUCUAGUUUGGUCACUAUGAAUUUGUUUUGACCCUGCUUUUCCUUCUUUCUUUUCCUCUAAUGCCCAUUAAGUAAGUACCAUUUGCCAUAGGAAGAAAUGAAUUUCCUUAACCAAGCAAUGUCAGGAUGUGAGCCUUUACUAUCUUAGUGCAAUGACAAUUUUAUUAAGUGGGAGUUUGACUGAUUAUUUGAUAUAUCAUCUUCAGUUUGUUAUUAUCUAUCAAAAUUUGCUUAUUAAAAUAGAGAGAAAAAAAUCAGCUACUUAAAACAAUUGUAGUACUAUUUCAAGAGAGAGGGUUUAUCUAGUUGCAAGUUAAUAACCUGGAUUCAUAUGAACAUUUUAUGUCAACAUUCCAUAUAAUGAAUUGGCAUUAAAACUAGAAGUCUAAUUUAUUUGUGAUUAAAAAAUGAGCUGACUAUUGUUCUGCCUUUAAUGAACUUUGAGGUAAUAUAUAUGUAACAUUAUUAUUUUAUUAUUUUUUGCUGGCACAGUAUGAUCUCUGCUCUUGAUACCAGAUGACAGUAGUGAUUGCUUAUGUCAAAUUUCCUUGACUUUUUAAAAUGUAGAAUUCUUUAUUAUUUUCAGAGGAAUCUAUUAGCAAUUUUUUUCAGGUUUCUUCUUUCAGUUUGUAUUAAAAUAAUUCAUGCUGAUGUCAAUGUGCUACAAUAUAAUAUAUCUGCAUGCCGAGGGUUUUGCAGUGGAUGCCUGCAGAAGUUAAAAGUCAUGACUUUAGAUUCUUGACAUGUUAUUCUUGUGUAUCUUAUAGGGUUUGGGUUAAAACAAUCAGAAGGGACAGGUAAAAUGGGUGGGAAUUUGGAGUAAUAACAGAGAGGAGCCCUAUUUGCCCAUCAACCUUUCAGAGAAGCUCAGCUUUCAAAACCAAUGUGUAUUUGGUAUUUAGUGUGUGUGUGUGUGUGUGUGUGUGCACGGGGAUGCUUAUGACUUUAUAAUGUGUUUUUUUGGUGGCCAUAGUGAAUCUUUGGGUUACAGAGUUUAAGUGAAGGAAAGGAAAACAGACUGAUCUUAAGUAAUGAAUUUUGCCACAAAUUAGGUGAAACCAUUAUAGUUUGUCAACUGAAGGUACUUAUAACAGCACUGGUAAGUUGCAUUUAUAAUACAAUUCAACACAAAGACU